AUGAUCAUUGACAAUGGAAGAGUGGUUGAUUUCUACUUUCCAGUAGAAAUCUACAGGAACUAUUUGGGAACUACCAGAGAGCUCAUGAGAUUUGGGUGGUCUAUGGAGAAACAAGGCUGCUACAGGAGUCCCAGAGUUUGGCCAGCCCUCUCCAAGUCUCUGGGCAUCUUUGGGCCUUUGGCCAUGAUGCAACAAGGAUGUGAGGUAAAAAUUGCAACACAUCCAGGACCCCGCAUCUCAGAAGGUGUGCAUGAGUACAUCCUGGCUUUGCACAAUGAGGGGAGGCAUCCACAAGGUAUGAUAGACCUUGCUGGCUGCAGCCUUCACACCAUCAACUACAUUUUGAGGCAGCUCAAGGCAUCCAAAAAUGGGUUGAGUGUGACAUUUCAGAUCCUGUUCAAACAGGACCAAAUAUGUUUUGAAAGAUAUGUUGUGCAAGGCAUUAUGCAAACGACUGUAAAUCAAGUUUUGACCAAUGCAGGAGAGGCUCAGAGCAUAGAACAUACUUACACUUUGAGGAGACACCUAGUGAUGAGCACGGGUAACCCGCGGGUGUUUUCACACCUACCUUUACCCUUACCCGAUGCAAACCCGUACCCUUUCCAUGGGUAA